AUGAGGGCUACUAUCUUAAAAUUAUUGCUUUCUCUCUCCGCGGCUAUAACUCAAGCCUAUACCCACUCUUACGAAAGAGUAGAUAUCCAGUCUCAUUUGAUAUUUGAUCCCAAAGAAACUGCUGGCAAGGAAUAUGACUACAUUAUCGCCGGCGGUGGCUUGACCGGGUUGACUGUAGCCGCCAAGCUCACGGAGAACUCGAACAUCACGGUUUUAGUCAUCGAGAAGGGCUUCUACGAGUCCAAUGAUGGCUCAAUAGUUGAAAAUCCCAAUACUUAUGGUGACAUAUUUGGGACUUCAGUCGAUCAACAGUAUCUCACUGUUAAGAUGGCAAUCAACAACCGAACCCUAGCUAUCAAGUCGGGCAAAGGCCUUGGUGGAUCAACCUUGAUCAACGGUGCCUCCUGGACUCGCCCAGAUAAGGUUCAGCUUGACUCAUGGGAGAGGGUUUUUGGAAUGGAGGGGUGGAAUUGGGACAACCUAGUCGGAUAUAUGAAUAAGGGUGAGCGUGCUCGUGAGCCGAAUGCUGCGCAGAUCGAGGCAGGAUAUGCCUUUAACGCGUCCUGUCACGGGUUGAAUGGAACUGUUCCUGCCGGUCCGCGUGAUAACGGUGAAAUAUAUUCUCCUGUUAUGCGUGCCCUUAUGAACACUACAUCAGCGCUUGGUAUCCCUACCCAACAAGACUUCUUCUGUGGUCACCCGCGUGGUGUGUCCAUGAUUUAUAACGAUAUCUAUGAGAAUCAGACACGCGCUGACGCCGCUCGUAGCUGGCUACUUCCAAACUACAAGCGUAGUAACCUGCAAUUUCUCACAGGACAGAUGGUUGGAAAGGUCCUUUUUGAUGAAUCCAGUCUUACAGCCAUAGGGGUUAACUUUGGAACUAACAAGGCUGCCAACUUUGACGUCUAUGCCAGACAUGAGAUUCUUUUAGCAGCUGGGUCUGCUAUAUCUCCUCUUAUUUUGGAGUACUCAGGAAUUGGCAUGCAGUCUGUUCUGGAAAGCGCUGGUAUCCAGCAGCGUCUUGAGCUUCCUGUUGGUAUGAAUAUGCAGGAUCAGACUGUCACUAAAGUUCGCUCCCGCUCUAGGUCACCAGGACAAGGACAAGCUGUGUACUAUGCCAACUUUACUGAGACUUUUGGUGAUUAUGCUACUCGCGCCAGAGAGCUUCUAAAUACAAAACUUGAGCAGUGGACUGAGGAGACAGUUGCCCGUGGCGGGUUUCAUAACACGUCGGCCUUGAUGGUACAGUACGAGAACUACCGUGACUGGCUUCUCAAUGAAGAUGUUGCUUUUGCUGAAUUCUUCCUGGAUGCCAAUGGUAGCAUCGACUUUGAUAUCUGGGAUCUGAUUCCCUUCACUCGUGGCUCUACCCAUGUUCUGAGCAGCGAUCCCUACCUUCUGCAGUACGCCAAUGAUCCUAAGUUCCUUCUGAACGAGCUUGAUCUCCUUGGUCAAGCAGCUGCCUCCAAGCUUGCUCGAAAACUUUCCACUGCAGGAGUGAUGGGAGAUCAUUUUGAUGGGGAAACCAUUCCGGGCCAAAAUUUGGAGCAAGACGCCACACUCGACCAGUGGGUUGUUUACAUUCAGCAGAAUUUCCGCUCCAACUGGCAUGCUAUUGGAACCUGCUCUAUGAUGAAGAAAGAACUUGGUGGUGUUGUGGAUGCCGCCGCCAAAGUAUAUGGGGUCCAGGGUCUCCGUGUUAUCGAUGGCUCUAUUGCUCCCACUCAGGUGUCUGCCCAUGUCAUGGUUAUCUUCUAUGGGAUGGCCCUGAAGAUUGCUAAUGCUAUCUUGGCAGAUUAUUCCUCGUGA